ACCAUUUGAUCGCAUCCAAUAGGACGGACGUAAAAGCCACUAGGCCCGUUCUAGCCAUGCUCGCCACUCUAAUUGAGUGAUGCGGGCGCCGCCAAACCGGAAAAAAUAUAUAAAAAAGGGACAAAUCAACAUUGGAUACAGAGAACGAGCAACGGCAAAUGAUGCUAUAGUCGAUUGUGGUCGGCUGUGCAGACAGACAUACAAUAUAAAGAAUUUUGUUUACGAAACUGCCCUCAAUCAUUGCACACCUGGCUAGUCGUCGCUUUGAAACCGUGUUGGCACGGCGAUGCCAAAUACUGUCUCGAUCCGUUGCCCUCGUUCCGAUUGAUACAACGAGAAUGGCUAUCCCUCCGUCUGAUCUGGUCGAAGAACCGCCUGCUGUUGCUAUCACUCCAUGCGAUCCUCCUGCUCCGUAUUACUUUGAAGGCGGCUUGCGACGGGUGAAGCCGUAUCACUAUACCUACAACACGUAUUGCAAGGAGCGAUGGAGGGGUAGAACACUCCUGGAUAUCUUCACAUCCGAGUUCAGAGAUCGGCCCGCCGAGUACUAUAAAGAAGCAAUCGAAAACGGCUCCGUCACUGUUGGAGGGAAACCUGCAAGCAUAGAUACCAUUGUUCUCAACGGCGCGAUUGUCUCCCACACAACCCACCGACACGAACCACCAGUGUCAAGUCUUCCAAUCGGUAUCAUUCAUGAAGAUGAUGAAAUGAUCGUGAUUGACAAACCGGCCGGCGUUCCGGUUCACGGCGCGGGUCGUUAUUUUUUCAAUUCGGUCGUUGAAAUCAUGAAAGCUGACCGUCCUGGCUUCAAACCGCUCCCCUGUAACCGGCUUGACAGGUUGACGUCUGGUGUUAUGUUCAUUGGGAAGGAUCCAAAAGCAGCAGACAAGUUUGCAAAACAACUGAAAGAGCGGACGCUACAAAAGGAGUAUGUUGCUCGCAUCAGCGGACGGUUUCCAGAUGGGGUUGUUCUUUGCGACCAACCCAUCAUGGCUGUGAGUCCGAAAUUGGGACUAAACCGAGUGCGUGCUACGGGGAAGGACGCGAGAACAAAAUUCCGCCGACUGGCAUAUUACCCACCAGAAAAGGCCGAUACGGAUGCCAAUGCUCUGGGUGCAGAAGGAAAACCACCGCCGGGUCCGAACGAGGAGGACGGUUAUAGCAUCGUGCACUGUUUACCAUUGACAGGCCGCACUCAUCAGAUUCGCGUCCAUCUUCAAUUCCUAGGAUACCCAAUCUCCAAUGAUCCGAUAUACUCCAAUCGUCGGGUAUUUGGACCAACACUGGGCAAGCACGAUGAUAGCGGUGAAAUGGACAGCGAGAUAUGUGAUCGCCUGAAUAAUAUGGGGAAGACAGAGCUGGCCGAUACCACCACCUAUCGCACACAUAUAACAUGUCCUCCACAAGUUCCAGCCGAAACAGACCCAAGCGUGGUCGAGGCAAUGUUGGCCAAAGAACACGAAAACGCAGUAGAAGUUUACCAUAAACGCAGGGGCGAGAAAUUGUCUGGGGAAACCUGCGAUGUGUGCGAUACGCCGCUCUACACUGACCCGGGCUCUCAUGAGCUCGGUAUUUACCUGCAUGCGGCACGGUAUUCUGACCACGCUCGUAGCUGGUCGUAUCAAAGUAAGUUACCAAUAUGGGCUGCUCCGCUGGCAGGUUUCGAAGGACCUACAGAGAUACCCGAAUGGCGUGAUCCUGGUGAUGGAGAGCAGUUAAUCAUCAACAAUGGCUACGAGCCGAAGGAAGAAAUCACAGACGAGACUAGAGAGGAAGAUGUUUUGGCAUUGGUGCAUGGAGUCGGGGUCGUAAAUAUAUCCCAGAAAAUAAGGAACGGGGAAGAUACUACAGAUUUGGUAGAAAGAUAGCGUAGCUUGCAUUUUUCAAUAAUAUAGAAUCAUUUAGAAUGCUGACUAUUGAAAAAGGUCUAAGAUUUUG